CAAGGUGCGACCAAACCUCUCCGUGUCUCUCCCCAGAUGUGCGAGAAGUUUACCGUCUGCCAGAACAGCAUGGAAAUGCUCCUCCACAACAACCUCAACCUCCCCAAGGUGACGGAGGAAGAUGGGUGUCUGCUCGCCGGCUUUAAUGAGGAUAAAUGCUUGAGAAAAAUCUCCAGCGGGCUUUAUACAUUUCAGACAUACCUCAAGUACAUACAAGAAACUUUUAUUAGUGAAAACCAAAAUGUUGAAUCGCUAUCCUACAAUACAGAGCACCUGGCACAAAUCAUAAAACAGAUGGUGAUCAAUCCUGAAGAAGUGAUCAUCCCAGAUGCAGCUACCCAGGAAUCCCUCCACACAAAGCUGAAGUCCACUAAGGCCUGGACAGAGAAAAUCACCAUCCAUCUCAUCCUCCGAGACUUUACUUCAUUUAUGGAGAAGACAGUGAGGGCCGUGCGCUAUUUGAAAAACACCAGGAGUUUCAGUGCUUGAAUGUUUUAGUUCAGGCACAAUCCUUUGGUUACAAAUCUGUCAGGUGGCAGAUAACAGUGUUGUUCUGUUUUAAGAACUAGAAAUAGUAACAAUGGUUAGCAUCUAUAUACAUUCCCAUUUCCUUUUAGGAACUUAUUUAUUGUAUUUAAGAUAUUUAUUAGUUUUUAAUAUUUUUAUUUAUAUUUUCAAUAUUUAGAAAUAAUUUAAAAAAAUUAUGUAUUUUAUUUCCUGUCUAAUGGUACUAUUCAGAUAUAAACUUAUUUAAUAUGUAUUAAAAAAAAAACAUUUUCAGAACCCAGAAAAAUUUUUGUAUAACUUAUGUUUUUUAUACAUUUGAGAGAUGAUAUUUAUGACUUUUUUACCUUUUUAAGACAAAUAAAAGCAAAUUUUUAAGAAAAAGCCUGCAUAAUCCCUGUGAACUUUAAAUAAGACUAAAGCACUCUAAUACAUCCAGCUUCUAAUACCUGCAAUUAUCAGAAUAACCACUUUCAAGAACAUCCCUGUGUGAUUAGGCCAGUUCUCUACAUAGCACAUAUGUACACACAUAGACAACUUGAUUACCAUACAAUUCUUAAAAUGGGAUAUAAAGGAACCAGAUGCACUGAAAAGGACACUUAAGAAUGAACAAGUUAAACCAUCAAUGCUCCAGAGAAACAAAUGGACAAGUGCCUAUAUUUAAUAAGAACACCCAAUAAAAUUGUUUGUAAGGAUCUUCUUACAAGUCAAAUAGUCUCUUUUAAAUAAAGUGGUGAGACAACCACAUUAACCACUUUGACAUGAAUACUUUCCUCUGAUUAGUUUUAUUGCUGCCAUCCAAGGGAAUUUUCCAAGUUUGGUUAAACAUUUCUGGCCCCUACUGCAAGAAGUAGAAAAAAAGAAAUUUAGGUUAUUUCCUUAAGCAACAUAAAUCAACAUAUUGCUGCUGAGCAAUGCAGCAACAUGCAUUUGUCUUUUAUCAUUUAUAUUUCACUAGUAUGGACAAGCCACAUACCAUGAAUGCAUAUUCUUGUGUGGAAAAAAAACCCCAACAAAA